AGAGAUACCUGAAGCUGGGAUGAGUUUAUAGUGAUCUCUUUAUAUCCUGCUGUUGUCAAUUAGCGAGAUUACCGAGUGUGAGAGCGAGUGAAACCAAUAAUAGCCUCAGUGAUCAGACUGCCUGCCCCCUGCUAUCCACUGAGCUCGGCUAACUGGAUGGAGACAUUUGGCAGCGGUUAGCUAAUUUAAACACUUCGAAGUGAACAAAGCAGCGAUGAGCCGACAAGUUUUUAACGGGACGUCUUCAUCACUGAACUUCUCCACAAGAAUUACAGGCAAUGGAUGUUCGCACACAAAUCUAAGAGAGGACGACUGGGAGACGCUGCGUUUUGAGCUUUCGAAGACGGAGGAUGAGAUUCAGGCGUUGAGGCAAGUCCUUUUGGCAAAGGAGAAGUAUGCAGCAGACAUCAGGAGGCAGCUGGGGAUGAGUCCGCUUAGUAACGUGAAGCAGAAUCUCUCCAAAGGUUGGCAGGAAGUCCAAACCUCAACUCCAUAUCUCACGGCCUCUGCCACUCUGGAGGACAUCAGCAACUCCAGUGUAUACGUGAGGACACGAGACGGUCUGUCUCAAGCCGGCCAGGUGACAUCUGCUGCUCUGUCCAACGUGAGCGUGGCCAUCACCAGAAGGCUGGCGCAGAUGAGAGCCUUGCCUCUUCCAAGCCCACCACGGACAAUGAGCCACGCCAUUAGUGUGCCAUCUAUGAGGCAUUCAUCCACAUUCAAGUCGAUUGAAGAACUUGUUGGCAGUGUGAAGGAUAAAGUGACUGGAGGCGUGUCAAACAGUGAAGAUGCCACUGGAUUUGAAAGAAGAUCCUCCCGCAACUAAACCUGAGAUGAAUCGAUUUUAUGCAAGUCACUAAAAUUUCUCAAAGUUCAAGAAGUUUGAAUUCUCUCACUCAUCAAUAUGUAUGUUUGUUUUUUCAGGUUCUUUGUUGAUGCAGAUUAAGAAGUUGAAUGUACAAUACAAGUUGUCAAAACAAUUUAGAUGUAUUUAAACCUUUGAAUGUUUCAUAAUGUGAUCAGAUUUGUUCAUUUUAAUAUGCUGGUUGUUUUUGACAUGCUUGUAUAUCCAUAUUCUGAAAUCAGAUGUACUGCAAGGUAUUUUUGUAAUGUCAGUUUUUUCAAGUAAAGGCUUUAGAAUACA